UGUGUGAGACACAAGUCAACGUGAGUCCGUGACGUGAUUAUAACAUUCUCCGUUUUGACGUUGUGAGUAAUGUACUUUUGAAAAAAAUUCCAACGUUAAAAAAAAAAUUAACAAAUAUCUAACGCGUUGUGUACACAUUAACACCGAAUCCCAUAGUGCACGGACGUCGGGAUAAACGAAAUAAUACUUCUAUUCGGUAACAACGGCUACGUCUUGUCGUCGGCAUACCUUUGGAGUAUAUAAUCUUCGAACCGGGAAUUGUAUGGUUAAUUUGUUCCUCUUUGCUUAACUUAAAUUCAAGAUGCCAAAAUCCAUGAACGUGAGGGUGACCACGAUGGACGCCGAGCUGGAGUUUGCAAUCCAGCAGACUACCACCGGCAAACAACUGUUCGACCAAGUGGUGAAGACCAUCGGGCUAAGAGAAGUGUGGUUUUUCGGUUUACAGUACACGGACAACAAAGGCGACAUGACCUGGAUCAAAUUAUACAAAAAGGUCAUGAGCCAAGAUGUCAAAAAAGAAAAUCCUUUACAAUUCAAAUUCCGGGCCAAAUUUUACCCUGAAGAUGUCGCUGAAGAACUUAUUCAAGAUAUUACUUUAAGAUUGUUUUACCUUCAAGUUAAAAACGCCAUUUUAUCAGAUGAAAUUUACUGUCCAUCUGAAACGUCUGUACUUCUCGCUUCGUAUGCUGUUCAAGCUAGGCAUGGCGACUUCAACAAAGUCACUCACACUCCAGGUUUUCUUACAAAUGACCGUUUGUUACCACAGCGUGUUAUGGAUCAACAUAAAAUGACACGUGAAGAAUGGGAAUCGAGCAUUACUACUUGGUGGCAUGAACACAGAGGUAUGUUGCGUGAGGAUGCUAUGAUGGAAUAUCUGAAAAUAGCUCAAGAUCUUGAAAUGUAUGGAGUGAACUAUUUUGAUAUUCUUAACAAAAAAGGAACUGAAUUAUUCUUGGGCGUCGAUGCUCUAGGUCUUAAUAUUUAUGAAAAGGAUGACAAGUUAACGCCAAAAAUUGGUUUUCCUUGGUCUGAAAUUCGUAAUAUUUCUUUUAACGAUCGUAAAUUUAUCAUCAAACCUAUUGAUAAAAAGGCUCCAGAUUUUGUAUUCUUUGCUCCACGUGUUCGUAUCAAUAAACGUAUUUUGGCGUUAUGUAUGGGAAAUCAUGAGUUGUAUAUGAGAAGACGUAAACCUGAUACCAUUGAUGUUCAACAAAUGAAAGCUCAAGCAAGAGAAGAAAAACUUGCCAAGCAACAACAAAGGGAAAAACUUCAACUAGAAAUAGCUGCUAGAGAAAGAGCCGAAAAGAAACAUCAUGAGUAUGAAGAACGUCUAAAACAGAUGCAAGUUGAGAUUUCUAAGCGUGAACAAGAUUUGUUAAGUGCUCAGGAUAUGAUUCGCCGUUUGGAAGAUCAACUGAAUAAGCUCCAAUUAGCCAAAGAAGAAUUAGAGCAAAGGCAAAAUGAAUUGCAAAAGAUGAUGGAACGUUUAGAAGAGUCCAAAAAUAUGGAAGCAGCAGAAAGAGCAAAAUUAGAAGACGAGAUCAAAGCUAAACAAGAGGAAGUUAUGCGCAUUCAAUCUGAAGUUGAAACUAAGGAUGAAGAAACUAGACGUUUACAGGCAAAAGUUGAGGAGGCAAGACGUAAACAAGAAGAGGCCGCAGCAGCAGCACUCGCAGCAGCUGCAACGCCUAAACAUCAUCAUGUAAUGGAAAACGAAAACGAAAAUGAUGACAAUGAUGAAAUGCUCAAUGGCCAUGAGUCUCGUGACUUAGACACUGAUAUGGAUAUUGUUGAUCCUGUAGAAGAGCGUCGUACACAUGCUGAACGUAAUGAACGACUUCAAGAUCAGUUGAAGAUGUUGAAACAAGACUUGGCACAGUCACGUGAUGAUACCAAGGAAACUGCGAUGGAUAAAAUUCAUCGUGAAAAUGUACGUCAAGGACGAGAUAAAUACAAGACUCUGCGUGAGAUAAGAAAAGGAAACACAAAACGCCGAGUUGAUCAGUUUGAAAACAUGUAAUCAUUACACAGGGUAAAUUAUACAUAUGCGAGAGAGGUGGUUUUGGCCUAUAAUCGUUAUGUUUCAGAAAGGUCAUUUUACAUCUUGGUCCAUAAUUAUGAAUAUUAAUUAAUUAUUAUUUAUUAAGGUUGUAAUAACAAAUUGGUUGAACAAGUUAUGUAAAAUGUUUUUAAUUUAGUUAGUUUUUAUUAAAUCUAUUAUUUUUCUUAA